AUGACGUCCGAGAUCAAGCCCCUCAAAGUGUACACCCACGGCGGUUCUGGUCCCAAUCCUUACAAGGUGGUCAUUCUCCUGAACGAGCUCGGCCUCCCGUAUGAAGAUAUCAAAAUCUCCAACCCCAAGGAAGAAUCCUUUGUCAAGAUCAACCCCAACGGCCGCGUCCCGGCCAUCGAGGACCCCAACACCGGCCUGACAAUCUGGGAGUCGGGUGCCAUUCUCGAGUACAUCGUCGAGACGUACGACAAGGAGAACAAGGUCGGCGCCACCAACACGGCCGACAAGUGGGCGCUCAAGCAGCUCCUGCACUUCCAGAUGUCUGGUCAGGGCCCCUACUUUGGCCAGGCCGUGUGGUUCCAGAAGUUUGACAAGGAGGCCCCCUCGGCCACCGAGCGCUACAACGAACAGCUCCUCCGUGUCCUCGGCGUCGUCGACAACCUCCUCGAGGGGAAGGAGUACUUUGUCGGUGGAAAGCUCACCUAUGUCGACAUUGCCUUUUACCCCUGGAGCCGCAUCGUCUCCUUACCCAACUACUUCCUCACCACCAUCUGGGAGAAGUACGAGGUCGAGAAGACGUACCCCAACUUCGUCGCCUGGUUCAAGAGGAUCAGCGCUCUGCCCUCGGUGCAGAAGGCGUACGCGUAG